AUGAAUAUCAACAAUGGCGUUCCAAAUGGUAACAACAUGACCGGAGUUACUUCAUGGCACGGCAUGUAUACAGGAGAAGAGAGACAGAGAGUUGUUCAGAUUAUAAUGGAUACUUUAUCCGACCUUCAUGGAACAAAUCCAAACUUUGAUUUUCAAAGGUUGACUAAAAUGGCACAAGACUUUGAAAGGAUUGUAUAUGAAAAAUCUCCGUCCCGAGACGACUACUUAAAAGCGAUCAAACUGAAGGUGAGCCAGUUGAGAUUGCAAAAACAACAAGUGAGUGGCCAACCGGUCCCCCCUAACAGUCAGGUGAAUCAACAACAACGACCACAACAAAUGGCACACAAUGCAUUGAACUCAAAUUCCAAUGUUAAUCCGGUGAAUGCGCAAAAUAUGCAAUUUUUACAGCAACAAGCUCAAGCUCGUAGCCAGUCACAAGCUCAGAUUCAAGCUCGUCAACAACAGCUUCGACAAAUGGUCAGUAAUCAACAAAACCAAGGAAUGCAAUCCUCGCGGCCAUUGGGAGGACAAGCCAAUCCUCAACAACAGGCUCCAACAGGCCAACCACAAACGAACUUCCCACAGAGAACGGAAGCAAAUUCCAACGGAACAACAGGCGCAGAUCAACAAGUACCACCUCAACUUCUUCAACUCAUUAGAAGUUCACCCAUUCCUCCUCCUUUACUAAGUAAGAUACCCAAUUUACCCAAAGGUGUAACUACUUGGAACCAAAUUUUUGAUUGCAUUAAAAAGAAGGUAAUUUCGCAAGACAUCUUACCAUUAGUGAGAGAUAUUCAUUCUACCCAUAUGCAAUUAGUAAUGCGUCAGCAACAACAAAAGAUGAACGUUCGCAAUGAGGGUAAUAAGGUACCUAAUACAAUUCCAAUGGGUGAUGACGAGUUGAAAACAAAUCAAGUAAACCCUCCUAUUGGACAUGUUAAUUUCAAUAAUCUUACCCUUCAACAACGACAACAGUUAUUGCAAAGACAACGCGAGGCACAGCAACGUCAAAUGCCACAGGGUACAAAUCAACCUGGCCCAGGUUUAAAUCAAAAUUUUAAUCAACAAGGGCUCCCUCAACAAGGUGCACGCCCUGGACAACCACAGUCCCAAAACCUGUUGCCACCUCAAAAACCAUCUUUUCAACAACAACAACAACAGCAGCAGCAGCAGCAACAAAACCAACAACCCUUUGAUCAAAGACCCCCACAAUUCCAAGUUACUCAGCAAGACUAUGCAAAAUAUUCCAAUGAUGCUUUGACUUUGCUUAAUCGUUUGCAACAACAAAAACAAAUUGCAGGACAACUUGAUCCUAAUAUGAAGGAAACAUUUAUUCGAAAAUAUAUUCUCCAUCAGAAGAAUCAGCUUUGGAAACAACAAAUUGCGGCACAAAGUGGAGCAACAGGGUUAGGAACGCAAAAUACAGGACACCAAACACAACAACCUCAACCACAAGCUCCUCAAAAUGCGCCCGUUCCAAUGCACCUGAAUGGUGGUAAUUUAUCAGGAAAACAAGUCCGAAUGCCACAACAGGCACUGCCCAUGAUAGGUGCUUCGAACACUCCUUUGAUGAAACCAAAUAUGGGUCCCCAAAAUAACCUUUCAUCUCCUUUGAUGAAUCAAAGAGGUCCAGUGAUGAAUGAACCACCAGUUCCUCCUACUAGACCAACCCCAACUGCUUCAAAUCCGCCAUCAAGUUCUUUACUUCCUCCUUUAACCGAUGAGGCAAAGCUUCGUCUUAGACAGUUGAUUGAGGAAGUCUCAAGAAAUAAUGUGUUGUUGAGAGAUGUGACAACAUUACUCUCGCCUAAAGAUAAAGGUGCGGUAAGGGAUGCCAUGAAUCGAAUCCAGGAACAGUAUGGAAACGUCGACUCAAUAAUAAGCUACUUUUACUUGUUUACGAAGAAUAUUGAGGGAACGAAAAGACUUAUUCAAAUGAAAUACAUGACCAAAAAUAUUUUGGAGAACUUGAAGCGAGGUGUAUAUUUAGCUGGCCCUGACUUGUUGGAGAAAUUGAGGAACCAAUAUGCCAAAUAUUUUGAUUACGUGAAAGAACAAGUAGCUCAACGUAGGCAACAAAUGGCAGCCUCAGGAAACUCGGGUAUACAUCAACCUCAAGCCAUACAAGCUCAGCAAGCUUCACCACAACCACAGCCACAAUCUCAAGGGUCCCAAUCAAUGAUGCAGGGUGGACCAGCAUUGAUGGAUCAAAUAUUUGGCAAUCCUAAUGUUCAAGGUUCGCCUAAUUUAUUUGCACCCACCAUUAAUCAGUCUCCACAGCAACUUCACCAAGGUCUUCCUCCUCAGAUACCACAACAACAGCAGUUUGCUAAUCAAGGUAUGCCAGGGGUUCCCAUGGGGAAACAGCCUUCUCAACAACAGAUGCAGAUGAAUCAGCACUGGGGCAAUGUUGCCAAUGUACCAAACAACUUGCAACAACAAUUUCCACCACAAGCUCAACAACAGAAUGUUCAACAAGUGCCUCCACAACAGCGCAACUCAGUGCUGCAGAUGAAACCAAAGAAGGCGCCACCUAAAAAGAAACGUAACAGCACCGCGGCAGCAGCUACGCCUAAUGCUAUAGCCUCAUCUAUUAAAACUCCUCAUAAUGUGGCAACACCACAGAUUCAAAAUUCGUUGCAAUCUCCGCAAAUCAAGAGUACACCUGCUCCUGCCGCUCCAACGCCAAAGCCUACUGCCCCACCUAGUGUACCCCCAACAAAUGCACCUUCUACAGGCCCUACUAGUACAGGGGGUACCACACCAAAUACCCGAACCACACCUGAGAUCGACAUCUUUUCAAUGUCAAGUGAUCUGGUGAAACGGAGAGAGCUUUCUCUUACUGAUCCUCAGCAAUUCUUUGUUGAGUCUAUGAGAAAACUUCUUGAGUUGGACGGGCAAGGUAAAGAGCGACUAGUCGAUUCGACGGCUACACUUUGUGCUAUCAGUACUAGUUUUAGACAAGUUCAAGAGAUUGAAGAAAUAUGCGAAAACGUUUUUUAG